AUGAGUAGCGAUCAGUUUGUAAGUAUCAUUCUAGUUGAUGCUGCCUUUGUCAUUGAGCUCUUAGUAAGGUAUUUCGAAGACUCGCCAUCUGAUAAUGACAGGAUAUUUAAAAAUCCAUGGAUGUUAACAACUAUAGUGCCCGACAUGCUUUUGCUCGAAAAUCAGCUGCCAUUUUUCAUUCUUGAGGAUCUUUUCGACGCAAGCAAAGUCAGAGUUAAGAAUUCUGAGACUGAGAGGCCUUCAAUGAUUAAGCUCUCUUACCAUUUCUUCAAAAAUGUAGUGGGUUUACAGAGGUCGGAAGACCAAUUGAACCACCUUUACAGAGGUCGGACAUUUCCUCCUUUACAUUUUGUUGAUUUUAUUAGAACUUUACAUCUGCAAUAUUUGGAUACCUCAAAAGCUGGAGAACUCCCAAGUAUACCCAGCGUGAAAAAACUACACCAGGCCGGAAUUAAGUUUCGUGAGGAAUCAAGCUACCACUUAUUCGCGAUACAGUUCCAUAAUGGAACUCUGAAAAUUCCAAAACUAGAAAUACAUGAUGACACAGAGCUUAUACCCAGAAAUCUCAUUGCCUUUGAACAAUGCCAUUGCACAGACAAUUACUUAAGCGAUUAUGUUUUCCUCCUGGAUAAAUUUGUAAACACCAAAAGGGAUGUAGACUUGCUUGUUGAGAGUGAAAUUGUUGUAAACACACUAGGUGACAACAAUAAUGUUUCUAAUAUGAUUAACAAACUUUGCAAGGGGGUUGCUCCGCACCAGCGAAACUUAUAUUUUGGUGGUCUUGCUGACGAUCUAAACAAUUACUGCAAGAAGUGCAGGAACAGAUGGCUGGCAUAUUUGAGCCAAAAGUAUUUCUACAAACCCUGGGCAGCUUUUUCUUUCUUUGCAGCGGUUACUCUUCUCACACUCACUGUCAUACAAACAGUGUUCGUUAUUAUCUCUUUUUAUCGGCAGUAA